UGGGGCCGGGCCGGCUGAGCCAUUUCAGUUGUGCAAACCUUUGCCUUCUGUGACAUCGUGGGCCGAGAGGGCAGCACUGACUGAAGUGAUGGGGGCAGACGGCACAGACCUGGGACUCCGGCUGGAAUCAGCGACCGGCAGCAAGUCCCCCGCCCCCUGGGAGAACUCAGCUCCGGAAACGCCACGUCGAUCAGGUGACAUCAGCAGGAGCCUCUCCCCGGGCUUCACCCCUGACCCCCCAGGGGCUGGGCAAGGAAGAAGGAGGCCUGGGAGGUGGGGGACACGGGACUCCUGGGGCCAGAGAGACCCGGCCCCUCGCCCGUCCUGUCUCUCAAGUUGGAGUUGCUGGCCUUUCGUGUGGGCUGUUGCUUGUUUAGCAUCUGGGGCCUCCUGGCAGCCCUGGCAGCAACGGGCACAGCAACGGGCACAGCAAUGGGCACAGCAACGGGCACAGCAACGGACACAGCAAGGCCCGGCUCGGCCCGCCCCUGCGUGGGUCCCCGGCCGCGUGCGGACCUGCUCGGGGUCAGUGUGGAGCUUCUUCCCCGGGACUGGCCAGCGGAGCCCUCGGUGUCCUGGGGCACCAGGAGGGCCUGGCACCGCCGGCUGUGGGCCACGCGUGUCGGGGGCCUGUCCCACGGCCACGGGUCAGGGCGCUCGUCCGACUCUGCAGAGAGAGCCGCGGAGCCAACAGGAAGUGAGCAGAGAGAAAGGGGCUUAUUUUGAGGAACUGACUCGGGCCAUCCGAUGGGGAGGCUGGCCGGGGCGGGAAGGAGUUGCAGUUUGCGUCUGGAGGCCGACUGCGGGGACCCCCUCGCCCCCAGGGAGCUCAGUCUGUAGCUCUGCUCCGGCCUUCAGCUGGCGGGCGAGGCCCACCCACACCCAGAAGACCACCUGCGUCUCUCAGAGCCCUGGUCGACGUCUCGUCUCACCCAGAAACACCCGCACAGAAACGCCCAGAGGAAUGUCUGACCAAGUGUCGGCAGUGUGGCCCCACCAAGUCGACAGGCAAAACCGGCCACCGGGGUCAGGAAUGUAGCCAGUCGUCCCCUUGCCCAGGCUGGGCCAGGACGCGUCUCUGGACGUGAACUUGAACCCGUGGUCAGUGCAGGAGAGAGCGGCCUCCUCCCCCACCAGCCCCACCUCUGGGUCCAGAUCCACCCACGGGAGUGAAAUGUGCAUCUCAGAGACUCAUCUCCCCACGUUGACGCAGCACCACCCGCAGCGGCCGCGCAGGGAGCCCCAGGCCAUCGACGGGUGAGGGGUGCGGUGCCUGCGGACAGGAAGUGCUGUUCCGGGGGGCCCACGGCGAGUGACGUCAGACGAUGAAGACAGCGCUGCGUGGCAUCACCUACGUGGGGAUCCAACAAACAAACAAACAGUCAAACUGAAACAGCCUAGGAGAGUGGUGGCCGGAGCUGGGGAUGGGGACGCGGGAGAGGCUGGUUAAAGAAAGAGGCCCGGGUGGCGGGGCU